CCGGACAGGGAAUAACAGGAAAUAUCAUGCACAUUUCUGUCUUUGCCUGGAAUUGAAUAUAUGUCAUGGAGGAGUUUGUGAAAACCCAGCUGCAUCUCUUGCAAGAGGAAAGAGAAGCUGAAAUAGAAGAGACCAGAGCCUGGCGGGAGAAUGUUUCCUUAAAAGAGUUACAGCGGAGAGGAGUCUGCUUACUGAAGCUGCAGGUAGCGAACCAAAGAACAGGGCUGUACGGACGUCUCCUUGUAACCUUCACGCCAAGAAAGUAUGAUGCAGAUGCCGUGCUGCCUACAAACAGCUUCGGAUCAGGUGACAUUGUAGGAGUCUAUGACUCCAAUGCCCCAAAAGAACCUAUCGCUACAGGGAUUGUGUCCGGCAUUACACAGAAGACUAUCAAUGUGGCCUUUGAUGAAGCUCAUAGUGAUUCAUUGAAUCUGGGCAGCGAGGCCACCUACAGACUCCUGAAAUUGGCCAACGAUGUCACUUAUAAGAGGAUUAAAAAAGCUUUGACUGCAUUGAGUCAGAACCGUUCUGGACCGGCUAGUGACCUAAUAGAUGUCCUCUUCUCUUCUUCUCAACCUACUAGUACAGGGCAACCAAGACCUGUGGAAUUUCUCAAUCCAAACUUGGACCAUUCACAAAAGGAGGCUGUUGUCUUCUCCCUCAACCAGAGAGAAAUUGCUAUUAUUCACGGGCCCCCUGGUACUGGCAAGACAACAACAGUGGUGGAAAUUAUCUUGCAAGCUGUGAAGCAAGGGCUGAAGGUCCUUUGCUGCGCUCCAUCUAAUGUAGCUGUAGACAACCUAGUUGAACGAUUGGCUGUGUAUAAAGAGAAGAUAUUACGUCUCGGUCACCCAGCAAGACUUCUGGAAUCCUUACAACAUCAUUCCCUUGAUGCGGUAUUGGCCCGGAGUGAUAAUUCACAACUUGUGUCUGAUAUCCGCAAAGAUAUUGACCUGACCUUUGCUAAAAUGAGAAAACUGCAGAACAGAGAUGAAAAGAGCAGCUUCAAAAGAGAAAUCCGAGCUCUGAGAAAAGAGCUGAAGGAAAGAGAGGAGGCGGCCAUGAUAGAGACGCUGAAAAAUGCCAAUGUCCUCCUCGCCACCAACACAGGCGCCUCCCUGGACGGUCCUCUGAAGCUGCUUCCUGAGAAUUAUUUUGACCUGGUCGUGAUUGAUGAGUGCGCUCAGGCGUUAGAAGCGAGUUGCUGGAUCACACUACUGCAGGCAAAGAAGUGUAUCCUGGCCGGUGAUCACAAACAGCUACCACCCACCAUCAUCUCUCACAAGGCUGCGGCUAAGGGUUUGUCCCUGAGUUUAAUGGAACGUGUUAUAGAGAAGUAUGGAGACAGGGUGGUGAAAAUGCUGACUGUACAAUAUCGUAUGCAUGACUGUAUAAUGCAGUGGGCAUCGCAUGCACUGUACGGUGGGAAGCUGGAAUCACAUUGUUCUGUCUCACAACAUUUACUCAAGGAUUUACCAGGGGUGACUGCAACAGAUGAAACUAGUAUUCCCUUAUUGCUUAUUGAUACUGCUCACUGUGGAUUGUUUGAGAUAGACAUUGAAGAUGAGCAGUCAAAGGGUAAUCCAGGUGAGGUGCGGCUGGUGGAUUUACAUGUUCAGGCUCUGACCAACGCUGGCCUGAAAGCCUGUGAUAUUGCGGUUAUAGCGCCCUACAAUCUUCAGGUGGAUUUGCUCCGACAGUGUCUCCGGCAGAGAUAUUCAGAUCUUGAAAUCAAAUCUGUGGAUGGCUUUCAAGGAAGAGAGAAAGAAGCUGUGAUAUUAUCCUUUGUCAGGUCCAAUGCCAAAGGUGAAGUUGGGUUCUUGGCUGAAGAAAGAAGGAUAAAUGUAGCUGUUACGCGUGCCCGCCGUCACGUGGCUGUCAUUUGCGAUUCUCACACUGUCGGGAACAACCAAUUUCUCAAGGACUUGGUGACUUACUUCACUGAACAAGGAGAAGUCCGGACUGCUUUUGAAUACCUUGAUGACAUCAUCCCUGAGAAGUAUUCCCAUGACACUGGCAGUGCUUGUAAGGCAGAAGCCAGUGUUAGAAAAGAAAGUAACACCAAAUCAAAAAAGACUGGUGCUCCAAAAGUAGGUAGCCAAAAAUCCAGUAGUACUGCCGACAGUCUGCCUAAAGGGACCGGCAAGGCAAAGAUGGCUGACUCUGCUCAUAAUAAGAAAACAAUUGGGAGCACAGAUGUGCAAACAGAAGAUACCUCCAGUAAGGACAGCCUAAGAGAGACAAUUCUUCAGUUUUUUGAAGAUAAAAAUAAGACCCAGUUCACGUUCCCAUCAGAGCUUACAUCACAUGACCGAUUGAUGGUCCAUCAGAUUGCUGAAGAAUAUGGACUGCAGCAUGUAAGCUCCGGCGACGGCAGAAAUAGAUGUAUUUCCCUCACCAAAACCAAAGCAAUUUCAGCUGUCCCCGAGUCUCCGACAAUAGAUGAAUCUGUCAUUCAGAAACAUUUACAACUGCAGACAGUGGAAAAAACUGUAAAGCAGAAAGAGGUCAGCAGUGGUGUCCCCUCAGCCACUCCUGAUCUGAAGCUUCUACAUAUGGAAAGGAUGCAGAGGGAGAACGCAAAACUUGAAGAGAAGAAGAAAAAGGAAGCUACAGAAAAGAAGAAGACUGGUUCUAAAAGUAAAAUUGAUAAAAAACCAGCGGCAGAGAACCUGGACGCCGACAAUUUUGAUGCACUGAUUGCGUCUGUAGUAAAAGCCGACAGCACUUGCGGUUUUGCUAAAUGCAAGUCCAGCGUUGUAACCGUGGGAGAGUUCUGCGUACACUGCAAUAAACGCUACUGCCUCAGUCACCACAUCCCAGAGGUUCACGGCUGUGGUGACAGAGCCAAAGCAAAGGCACGAAUAAGAAUCAGCUCGGAAGGAGUGAUUUAUGCAGGAAGUGGAUACAAGGACCACUCUCUAGACCCAACAAAGAAAGCUCAUCUACACAGAAAACUAGAUAAGAAAAUUAAUGAAUUAUCAAACCAAAGAAAAGUUAAGAAGGAAAAGUGCAGACACACAAGUUUCCAUAUAGAAAGAACCCUCUCUUGUUUGUUAACUUACUAAAGUAAGUGGUAAGAA